ACGCGUGGGAUGACCUCAGCCCGUCGGCCCAGGAUAAACAACACCGCUGCGGCUAGUUAGUUAGCGACUGUGUUGAAGAUCGUCGCCGACUUAAAAAUGGGCCUGAAAACGGAGGACUUUGGGGGUUUGUGGCUGUGAUUGCCUGCAGAAAGCCUUUUGUCACACUCCAUUCCUAGAUCUUGAUACUACUCUUCAGCCAUGUCGUCUCGUGUUUUACUGCGCCAGCAACUGAUGCGAGAACAAGCCCAGGAGCAGGAGAGACGUGAGGCCCAGCAGCAGGCCUCUGCCUCUCAGCUCCGGGCCUCUGACUCCACUCCAGCCAUCUCUGUCACACUGUCCCCAAAUGUUUCCCGUCCUCCACCAGCACAGGUCCCUGUGGAGGUGCUUAAAGUGCAGACCCACUUAGAGAACCCCACCAAGUACCACAUCCAGCAAGCACAGAGGCAACAGGUGAAGCAAUACCUCUCAACCACUCUGGGAAACAUGGCAGUCACACAGACCAUGGGUGUGUCUCCUGUGCCGCAGUCCAGUUCUGCCCCGGAAGUUGCUCCAACUGCCAGCAGCGCCCCAAACAGUCCUAUGGCUCUGCUGAAUAUUGGAUCCAACAAGGAGGAAAUUGAUGAUGUGAUUGAUGACAUCAUUAGUCUUGAAUCCAGUUAUAAUGAUGACAUCAUUACCCUGAUUGACUCAGGUCUUCAGCUGCCUAGCACGCUCCCAGGAAAUCUGUUGGAUGUCUACCAUAGCCCUGGAAUGGCAGCACCUACUCUCACUGUCAGCAACUCCUGCCCAGCUGAUCUCCCAAAAAUUAAAAGGGAAAUUACCGAUGCAGAUGCCAAAGCACUUAUGAAAGAAAGGCAGAAGAAAGAUAACCACAAUCUCAUUGAGAGGAGGCGGAGGUUCAACAUUAACGACCGAAUAAAGGAGCUGGGCACUCUCAUACCCAAAUCAAGUGACCCUGAGAUGCGCUGGAAUAAAGGCACCAUCCUGAAAGCAUCAGUAGACUACAUCAGGAAGUUACAAAAAGAGCAGCAGAGAGCCAAAGACAUUGAGAUGCGUCAGAAAAAACUGGAGCAGGCAAACCACAGUCUACUGUUACGCAUCCAGGAGCUGGAAAUGCAGGCACGGCUCCACGGCCUCUCCGCACCCAAUAGCAUCUCCUCUGGUCUGAGCCCUGACCCGUCCCUGCUCCAGCAGCAGGUCCAGCACAGCAGCCAAUCUUUGACUGCAGGUACAGGAGGGGCCACCUCCCAGAACCUCCUCAGUAUUGGCGCAGCAGCCAUUGGACAACCUCUCCCAGCCUCCUUCCUGUCCCCGCCCUCCUCAGACUCUCCUGCAGGAGUUACCAUCAGCAGCCCCCUGGACUUGGGCAGCCUGAGCUUUGCAGAGCUCGACGACACCUCUGCCUCAACACUGUACCCUGACGUGGGCUUGGGAGACAUUCUUAUGGAUGACGGAUGCACCCUGUCUCCAGAGAGAGUGGUCGAUCCGCUAUUUUCUCCCUUGUCACCAGGUGCCUCUAAAACCAGCAGUCGCAGGAGCAGCCUUGAAAUGGAUGAGGACUUGUGAUGAGCUCUGGGGGGCUGUCAGAGACUGUAUGCAGGGACAAGAAUGUCAGAGAGUGAGCUCUAUUCUUAAAUAAAGUAAGUCUAUUUAUGAGACUGUAGAACUGAACUUAGAAAAGCAAAGUAGCUAACAAUAAGAUCAUAACUAACAAAUAUUUUUGCCAUAUAGACCUAAUUAUUUUAGCUCCUGUUUGGAGGAGGUCAGAUGUUUUAUGUCUGUGUUUAGAAAUGCAAUCUUAUUAAAUGGAAUUCAUGUAUAAUAGGGGCAUGGCAUUAAGAAACACAUUCAUAAAAGGAUUUUCUUUUGGACGUGUAAGAGGGACAAAAAAGUUUGCUUGAAUUUAGAAUGUGCUUCUUUUAUAUUGAAGAAAGCUGUGAGGUUUGUUUUUCAUAACAACACUGGCAUAACAAACUGAUCAAGAGAUGCCAACACACAGUAUAUGUAGUUUUUAUUUUUUAACUGACUGGAAUCAGGGUUUAUUAGUAGCAUUCACAUGCUCCUCCAUGUUGGUUUUUUCACCAGCAGCUACAGAAGGGAUCUUUGUAUAAAGAAUUGGCUCAUUGUGAAAUAUUUUCUGCAUAUUGUAAAUAAGAAUGUUUUAUUUUGAGCAAUUUUAUUGCACCUUAUUUUAUGGCAGUCUAUGCAUUUUAUGAGAGCUUUUGUCUGUUUUUAUUACUAUUACACAAAGUGGAUGUCCAGGUUGCAUGUACUUGUAAUAAUCCUUAAAAGCAGUGGGAAAUCACUUGCUGCUGCAGCUAGUUAGCCAAAGCAGGACUUCUUCCGGAGUAGCUACAAAUUACAAAUCAGCAUUUUAUUUUUGAACAUACACACUUAGUCAAUAAAGCGCAAGACAGUGUGGGAGAAGCAGAACAUUUGUUUUCCUUUUUCAGUAGUACUGUUUUUACGUUUUUAUACAUCUGAAAAAUAGUUAAAUAAGUAGUUUCUUCAGACUAAAACCUGUGUUGUCUUUGUCACUUUUUGUCUCCAUUAACCUCGGCGAUCACUGAGUGAUACUUUUCUUUUUUUUUAAUCAAAAGUAAUAUAUCUGAUAACUAUUAUUGCUCAUUGUGUUAUGAAUUCAGAGGGCUUCAGCCCUAUUUUAAAGCAACCACUAGCCUCACAUCUUAAAUGAUAAGGUAUAACUGUUUGUUGUGAGAAACCUCCAAUGCAAUUAUUUGCCACAAACUCUUGAAUGGCAUUCAAUCUGUUAAAUGCUAAGUACAUUAUGUAAAGUAAAUGAAUGUGUUUUGAUUUCAUACUGACGCACUGUACUUUAACACAAUCUUAAAGUAAUACAUUUAAGCUAUUCUUUAAGCUGUGAUAAAUCUGAAAGCAAAUCUAGGCACACAUUUCUUUGGUUGUUAAAUGUUUUAAGGUGUCCGGGUUUGUUCACCAAGAACUUCUCCUUUUUUUUUGAGCUAAAAGCAGCUCUACUCCAUAGCUUAAUGCUGCUGUGUUGUUCCAAUGGUCAUCUUUUUCCUCAAAAACAAUAUUACAAUGGUCUUACCCUGAUAUAUAUUGGAGUGCUAGCAUUGACUGUUAACCAUAAACAGGUAGCAUUUGUGUCUUGUCCCUACAAGUUGGCUUUUGGACGAUUUUAACAAAUAAAUGAUUCCCAGAGA